GUAGUUGCUCGGAUGUCGGAGACAGCUCAAGGAUAUCGAGGGUAAGCGUCAGGAGCGACAACGGCAAGGGAGCAUGGCGAAGGAAACGCUGCUCAGGGUAUGGUUAUGUAGACAUCACUGGACCUUACUGCAGAGGACAAGGCAAGUGUCACUAUUGUCUUCUAGCAUCGUCAGGCGACAGCUUAGCUCCCAGCCCAUGAGUUAUGUCCGUCGACAAAGCCUUUAUAAAAAGCUGCUCCUUGGGGCUGUGGUUGGUGUCCCACUGGCUAUGGGUGCUGUAUUUAGCUUGUCAGAUGCCCGUGACCGUAGGAAGAUGAGGCUACUGUUUGAAGGUGUUAGUCGCUUCUACAGAUCCAUUUACUUUGGAAUAAAAAUCUCUACAGAUUAUUGGUGGACUAUUAAUGUAAAACUUCGUGGAAAGGAUGAGAACAGCCAGGACUUCAUAGACGCAAUGUCUGCCUGUCACCAGCGAGGAGCAGACCUCAUUGUGGAGGGAGCCAUUAAAAACUCGGGUUUGUACAUCAAACUGGGGCAGGGAUUGUGCGCCUUCAACCAUCUGCUCCCCCCUGAGUAUACCACCACUCUGCGAAUCCUAGAAGACAAGGCCAUCAACAGGAGGUACAAGGAGGUCGAUGCAUUGUUCCUUGAAGACUUUCGUACCACUCCAGAUAAAUUAUUCAAACACUUUGAAGAAGAGCCAUUUGCAGCUGCUAGUCUAUCACAAGUCCACAAAGCAGAGCUGCAUGAUGGAACAUCUGUGGCUGUUAAAGUGCAGUUCAUUGAUCUACGGGAUCGGUUUGAUGGAGAUAUCAUGACACUGGAAUUCCUCUUGGGUCUAGUUCAGUUUAUGCAUCCGAAGUUUGCAUUCCGUUGGGUCCUCCAGGACCUGAAGGGAACGCUGGCCCAGGAAUUGGACUUUGAGAAUGAAGGUCGUAAUGCAGAACGAUGUGCAGAAGAUCUCAAGCACUUCAAAUUUAUUGUCAUUCCUAAGGUAUACUGGGAGCAGACCAGUAAGCGAAUCCUGACUGCAGAUUACUGUGAGGGCAGUAAAAUCACCAACAUUGAAGAAAUUGAGCAGCAGGGCUUGAGUGUAAAAGAUGUUGCGGACAAACUAGUCAAGACUUUUGCAGAGCAGAUAUUUUACACUGGGUUCAUUCAUGCUGACCCCCAUCCUGGAAAUAUUUUGGUAAGGAAGGGUCCUGAUGGAAAAGCAGAACUGGUGCUCCUAGACCACGGGUUGUAUGAAAGCUUGAAUCUAAAGGACAGGAUUACUCUCUGCAAACUCUGGCGUUCCAUCAUCCUGCUCAAUGAUGCUGCGAUGAAGAAAUUUGCCAAUGAGCUGGGGGUCAAAGAUUACUUCCUGUUCUGUGAGAUCCUGUUGCAACGACCUAUCAAUAUGCGGGAGACAGCUUACCAGCUGGCCAAUAUGAUGACAAGGGAGGAAAGGGCCUACAUGCAGGACAUGGCCAGCAAUCAUUUUGACAGGAUCAUCCAGGUGCUGAAGGACCUACCACGUCCCAUGUUGCUAGUCUUCAGGAACAUCAACACUGUCCGCUGUAUAAACGUCAUCCUCGGCUCACCUGUUGACCGAUAUGUCCUGAUGGCUAGAAGUGCGGUUAAAGCACACAGUCUGUUAACAAAUAAACACACUGAAGGAUUUUGGAGAGUUGGUGCUUUCAAGUGGCUAAAGAUAAAGUGGGCCAGCCUCCAGUUUGAGAUCGGUCUCCGGUCAGAAAGUGUGAUGAUGAAGAUAAUCUCCAUGCUCGUCCGAUUAUUCAUUUACUUUGGUCUGAUUGUGCCAGAUGAAGAUUUAUACAGUUACCUGCUGGAGUAACAUUGAACUGGCUGUCAAUUCAAAUCCUGUUAGAGGUGCGAGAAUCUACUGGACCUUUUGUUUGGAAAUUUUGGUUUCUUCUUACCUCAAAUCAGAACAGAGUCUGACUACCACGGCCACUGCCUCACCAAGCAGCCAUCAUCCUUGAGCAAUGCUCAAAGUUAAAUGGAAGGUUGGCCAAAGGGAUCUGAAAUCUGGCAUUUUCACUCAGCUGGCAUGGUUUCUGUCAACAUAUCACUGGCAACCCUCAUGCAAAAGCCUCUACCAUUUCAGGCUAAAUUGGAGCUGUUUGCUCACAGUGCACCAUUGAAGGAAUGGAAACUUCAACUUUGUUACUGCUGUUUGGCAACAAUAAGAUUAAUGAGCAGUUUUCUUGAGCCAAUAGUCUGCAAUCCUUUGAUUGAAAUGACACAAAUCACACGAUGUCCUGAAAUAAAUCAGUCAGGAAUUUGUUGGUGGAUGAAAAUUCUGAACCUCAACUCUUAUCUCUUCCUUUACCUGCACCAUGAUAGAAUUUAAGUCAUUCAUGUAAGGCUAUUCAGCAUACAGAAUCCCACCUCUGACCUAUUAAUGUUAUCAUGGUACUUACUUGAAUAAAAUCUGAUUGAAGAUUUGUAGCUCGGGUAUCCGUUGUUGUGGUUCUGCUCGCCGAGCUGGAAGUUUUU